CAAAUGUUUCCGGGCCGACGUUGUUUUGAGUGAAAGGCUCGAGGAAAUUGCGCUUGAUUCGUGUUAUAACGACCCCCUUUUCGGCUUCAUCAUGGAGAGCACAAUGGCGGUCCCAGGUCCCAAUAAGGACAACAUCAGAGCUGGGUGCAAGAAAUGUGGAUAUCCGGGCCACUUGACCUUCGAGUGCCGGAACUUUGUCAGAGUUGACCCCCAGAAGGACAUUGUUUUGGAUGUAAGUAGCACCAGCAGCGAGGAAAGUGAAGAAGACGACGUGCCUGCAGCUCAGGGCAACGAGAAGCUGGUGCGAAGUCGAGGUUCCCGUCAUGAUGAAAAUGAUGGUAGAAAAGGGAGACACAAACGGAAGAAGAGCGGUGACAGGAAGUCCAGAAAGAGAUCUAACUCGUCGAGUGAUGAAACUACAAAGAAAAAAAAGAAACGUAGCAGUUCCCACUCGUCAGAUGCAGAGGACAGUGCGAAGAAAAAGAAAGUGAAAAGUCGGAAGAAGAAAAGCAAAAAGACCAAAAAGGAACAUGGGAAGCAGCAGAAGAAGAAACAGAAGAAGCGGAAACAAGAAUCCUCCUCCUCUUCCCUGUCUGCUUCUUCCAGCUCUGAUGGAUUGUCAGACGAUGACUGAGACUGCAGUGUCUGGAGGUCCACUGUUUAUUCUCCAGUCCAUGACAAUUUUGUUUUUCAGAGAUUGCGCCGAUAAGGUACUUCAUCAAGGAUUUAAAUGAUAAAUUAGUCAAACAAUACCGUAGAGUGCAUUAUAUACAGCAGAUGGGUUUUAUACCAUCAUGCCAGUGAUAAAAAAUGUUGGGGUGUGCUCUAAAGCAUUUUGGAAAGUAUGUUCAAAGUCAGGGAACUUAUUAUUCUGUGAUAGUAUUUCUUUGUCCUCCACUCUCCUUUUGCAUUUAACAGCGUGUGUUGCGUGCAGAGGAAUCUUUAAGAGACAUGGGGCAGACUCUUGUCAUACAAAUCACUGAAGAAUAUCCUGAAUAUCUUUUUCGUAAAAAAAUUGUACCCUAUAAUAUUUUUAGAUUGUCAAAUGUGAAUCCCAGACAUGCUUCGACAUAUUACGACUGGCCAAGGAUAACAAUCACUAAUACUCAGUGUAUUUGUUCUCUUUUUUUUUAUUGCGGACAUGUCAGUUGAACUUCUGGCUAAUUUCAGGCGACAAAAAGUCUUGCAGUUUAUAAAAGCCUAAAUGUUUAUAUUGUACUUUUGCUUGGAUGGAUUUGUAUACAAUGAAACUCCUGGAGGUAUCUGUGAGACUAUGUGGCUGCUGUUGAAGAAUGGCCAUUUAACCGCAAACACCUUGUUAAAAAACAUCUGGUCAUUUAAAAAACUCAUUCUGAUAAAUAUUGUGUGUACAUUUUGGGGUUGUCGUGAACUGAACCUCUUUAUACAGCUUUGUUUAUUUCCUAUGCGCAAUAUACUAUUCCUUCAUUUUGUCUUUCCUUUUUUAACCGUUCUUUUAUUAUAGUAAAAUAUAUAUUUGUAUCUCGA